UCGAUCUACCCCUCUUUCUCUCUUUCAAUUUGGGUUGUGGGGAUGUGUCAGGUUGAAUGGAUUUCCUUGGCCUUUUCUUAUUGCUAAAUCCCAACGCUUUUCCUUUCUCACUUUGUGGCCUUAGUGCUUUGCAUUAGUAGUUUUAGAUUUCCCCUUUUAACUUUCAAGAUUUUUGUUAAUUUUUAGGUUUCAAUUCAAUUGAGAGAGAGAGAGAGAGAGAAUAGUCAUUUGUGAUUAGUGAUUUUACUGAUUUGCAAUCUGUGUUUAUAUAUAUGUAGAGAGAGAGAAAGGCAUAACAUAACCAUGUUUGCAUUAAAAUCCCUAAAUCAGUACUGAGCACAACGUGUUCGAUGAAAAGAUUCAUACAGUAUUGAUCAAAAACUGAUUCACAAAAUAGCCCCUUUUUUCUCUCUCUCUUUCUCUUGCAUGGAUCUGACAGUGGCGAGCCAAGGUGGCGGCGGCGGGGUGGCUCAGCGCGACUACAGAAAGGGGAACUGGAACAUCAAGGAGACGAUGACGCUGAUCGAGGCGAAGCGGAUGGACGACGAGCGGCGGAUGAAGCGGCUGGGCGACACGGCGGAGAGGGGGAAGCCGGCGGAGCUGCGGUGGAAGUGGGUGGAGGACUACUGCUGGAGAAACGGCUGCUUCCGGAGCCAGAAUCAGUGCAACGACAAGUGGGACAAUCUGAUGAGGGAUUUCAAGAAAGUGAGGGAGUUUGAGCGGAGGAACGCGGCGGAGAGAGGAGGCGGCGGUGGAGAGCAGGAGAAGUCGUAUUGGAAAAUGGAGAAGACGGAGAGGAAAGACCAGAAUUUGCCCUCGAACAUGCUGCUGCAGAUAUACGAGGCGCUUGUGGCGGUGGUGGAGAGGAAAGGGCAAUCAGCCGCGGCGGCGGGAGGUAGUAGUGGCGGUGGUGGAGGUGGAGGUGGGGCCGGGAGCUCUAUUGGAAAUGUGGGGAUUCCUAGUGGGCAUAUUUGGGGACAGCAGCCUUCAAUGCCGUCUCCUAUUGUUCAGUGCCAGCCUCCUCCUUCUCCGGCAAGGCUGACGCCGCAACCGCCGCCUCCGGCGGAGGCGGAGCCGCCGGCGUCACUUCCAUCUGCUCAACCAUUACCCACACCAGAUUCCGACACGAGCGAGUACUCGGGCUCACCGGCAAAGAGAAGGCGGCGAAGAGGCGGAGGCGGAGAAGGAACGAGCGGAGGUGGCGCCGCCACACUGCAAGAAGUAGGGUCUGCGAUAUCAAGGAGUGCUUCAAUCAUAGCAGAAGCAAUUCAAUCAUGUGAGGAUAGAGAAGAGGAGAGGCACAAAGAAAUGGUGAGUUUGCACAAGAGAAGGCUCCAAAUUGAGGAAUCAAAGGCUGAGAUCAAUCGGCAAGGCAUCAACGGCCUCGUCGACGCCAUCAACAAGCUCGCAAACUCCAUGCUUGCUCUGGCAGCCAACAGAAGCCAGCCCUCUUCCAAAUAAAUUAAUUACUUCAUUUUAUUGGUGAUCAUCAAUUCUUAUAAUUAUAUUUAUAUGUAUCUAUAUAGUCAUGGUGCAUAAAUGUAGAGAAAGAGGGAGCUGGGAUUGAUUUUUCAUUAGGUUAAUCAUCCAAUAGUCUGUAAUUAAUCUUGUUAUUUCAUGUCUAAUGAUGGAUUAAUUAGAAGAAAAAAAUGUGGGUUGCCACGUGGGAAAAGGUGAUGGUCAAAGAGGGUUAGGAGUCAAGAUUUCAAGUGUGGGAAACACUGCAACACCAUUGCGCAGAGUGGCCAUUUAUGCGUUAUUAUUGGUGUCAGCGUUGUUGUUUUGUCAAGGGACUGCCUCACUGUGUGUUGUGUGUGUGAAUUUUGAAAAAAUUUAUUUAAUUAAUUUCAAGAAUGUGAAAAGAAAAGAAAAAAGGUGUUUGGCCUUUCUCUUUCCCAUCACAUACACCGUUGAUUCUCUUUCUUCUGCUUCUCUCUCAUGGGUAUUUCAGCUUUUUGCCUUUUGAGACCCAUUCGUGAGACCGACUGCCACCAAUACUUAUAUCACUGUAAAUUCAUUGCACCAUAUUGUGCACACAUUUUCGAAGCUACGGAGGAAUAAGUUUAUCUUUUGGUAUU